AUGCCGGAAGCAAUAAUGAGUGAGGAGGUGCUGAGCCGCACAACAAUCCCAGCAACCUUUGUUUCUUUCAAAAGGGGGCAAAGAAGACUCCAUCCAAGGUAUGCCUUGCUGAAGAUUAACAAUGUGGCAAGUAAAGAUGAAGCAAGCAAGUACAUAGGAAAUGGUGUUAUUUGUUACAAAACGAGUAACAAGGGAAAAGUAUAUCCUGUCCAUGGAGUAGUAACUAGAAUACAUGGAAAUUCCGGGGCUGUCCGUGCUAGAUUUGCAAGAAACCUGGACCCGAAGAUGCUUGGGACCCACGUGUUUAUCAAGCUCUAUAAGGUCGAACUCGAUGAGAUAUAA